UUGCCGAUACGUCACCAUAUGCACGUGCGCAGAGGACGCCGGUACAGUGAAUUACUCAGCAGUUACAUCUAAAAGAUCUCUCAGAAAGGCAUACUGUAGUUUGGACUUUUUGGGAAGCAAAUAACCCAUCAAACAUGGCUCACCAGGAUGAACUUGCCACAGCGAUUUUAAAGAACAAGUCUCGGCCCAACAGACUUUUGGUCGAGGAAGCUGUAAAUGAUGAUAACUCCGUUGUUACUAUGUCACAGGCAAAAAUGGAGGAGCUACAGUUAUUUAGAGGGGAUACGGUGCUUAUAAAGGGGAAAAAGCGCAAAGAUACGGUGUGUAUUGUUUUAUCUGAUGACACAAUUUCUGAUGACAAAAUUCGGAUGAACAGAGUUGUACGCAUGAAUCUGAGAGUUAGACUGGGUGAUGUUGUCAGUGUCCAGUCUUGUCCAGAUGUGAAAUAUGGAAAACGAAUUCAUGUCUUGCCUUUUGAUGACACAGUCGAAGGCCUUACUGGGAAUCUUUUUGAUGUCUUCCUCAAGCCCUACUUCGUAGAGGCCUAUCGCCCAAUUAGAAAAGGCGACAUGUUCUUAGUCCGUGGCGGUAUGCGAGCAGUUGAAUUUAAAGUCAUUGAGACAGACCCUAGCCCCUACUGCAUAGUUGCACCUGAUACCGUGAUUCACUGUGAGGGAGAGCCAGUCAAGCGUGAGGAAGAGGAAGAGUCUCUGAAUGAAGUUGGUUAUGAUGACAUUGGGGGAUGCAGAAAACAGCUUGCACAGAUCAAGGAGAUGGUGGAACUUCCAUUGAGACAUCCACAGCUCUUCAAAGCAAUUGGAGUCAAGCCUCCAAGAGGGAUUCUGUUGUUUGGACCUCCUGGUACUGGUAAAACACUGAUGGCCAGGGCCGUGGCCAAUGAGACUGGUGCCUUUUUCUUCUUGAUUAAUGGUCCAGAGAUCAUGAGCAAGCUUGCUGGAGAGUCAGAAAGUAACCUAAGAAAAGCCUUUGAGGAAGCCGAGAAGAACUCCCCUGCCAUUAUCUUUAUUGAUGAGAUUGACGCGAUUGCACCCAAGAGAGACAAGACACAUGGUGAGGUAGAGAGGCGUAUUGUAUCACAGCUGCUGACACUCAUGGACGGCUUGAAGCAGAGGUCACAUGUCAUUGUCAUGGCAGCUACAAACAGACCCAACAGUGUUGAUGUUGCACUGAGGAGAUUUGGUCGCUUUGACCGUGAGGUUGACAUUGGCAUCCCAGAUGCAACAGGACGUCUGGAGAUCCUCAGAAUCCACACCAAGAACAUGAAGCUUGGAGAUGAUGUUGACUUGGAACAGAUUGCUGCUGAGACCCAUGGCUAUGUUGGCUCAGAUGUUGCUUCUCUCUGCUCUGAGGCAGCCCUUCAACAGAUCCGUGAGAAGAUGGACCUUAUUGAUCUUGAGGAUGAGACUAUUGAUGCAGAGGUGCUGGACUCCCUUGCUGUCUCAAUGGACGACUUUAGGUAUGCCAUGGGUGUGUCUAACCCAUCCGCCCUGCGAGAAACUGUUGUUGAGGUACCCAAUGUCUCCUGGGAUGACAUUGGUGGUCUAGAAGGGGUCAAGCGUGAGCUGCAGGAGCUAGUGCAGUACCCUGUUGAGCAUCCAGACAAGUUCCUCAAGUUUGGCAUGACCCCUUCCAAGGGUGUCCUGUUCUAUGGCCCCCCUGGUUGUGGUAAGACACUCCUCGCCAAGGCCAUCGCCAAUGAGUGCCAGGCCAACUUCAUCUCCAUCAAGGGGCCCGAGCUACUCACCAUGUGGUUUGGAGAAUCUGAAGCCAAUGUGCGAGAUGUGUUCGACAAGGCACGUAGUGCUGCCCCGUGUGUGCUAUUCUUUGAUGAGCUGGACUCCAUUGCCAAAUCCAGGGGUGGUAAUGUGGGAGAUGGUGGUGGUGCGGCUGAUCGUGUCAUCAACCAGGUCCUUACAGAGAUGGAUGGUAUGAACGUCAAGAAGAAUGUGUUCAUUAUUGGUGCUACCAACAGGCCGGACAUCAUUGACCCCGCCAUCCUGCGACCUGGACGUCUUGACCAGCUGAUCUACAUCCCUCUUCCUGAUGAUGGGUCCCGUUCUUCCAUCUUGAAAGCCAACCUCAGAAAGUCUCCUAUUGCCAAGGACGUUGAUCUAGAUUAUGUUGCUAAAGUCACACAUGGCUUCAGUGGAGCCGACUUGACUGAAAUCUGCCAGAGGGCAUGUAAGCUAGCCAUCAGAGAGGCCAUUGAGACUGAUAUUAAUAGAGAGAAGCAGCGAGUAGACAACCCUGACUUAGACAUGGAAGUGGAAGAUGAAGAUCCCGUGCCAGAAAUAAGGAAAGAUCACUUUGAAGAAGCCAUGAAGUUUGCCAGGCGUUCUGUCAGCGAUAAUGACAUUAGGAAAUAUGAGAUGUUUGCUCAGACGCUACAGCAGAGCAGAGGGUUCGGAGGCAACUUCAGAUUCCCCAACCAAGGCACUGGUGGUUCCCAGGGCGGGGCUGGUGGUGCUGGUGGUGGCAGCGGCGAUAACCAGGGUGACUUGUAUGGUGAUGACGGAGAUGAUGAUCUGUACAGCUAGAUGCACAGCCGACACAGUAAAUGACAUUAGUCAAGGUGAUGCCACCUUUUAAGUUUAUUAAAAUACUGAACUCUGCUGCCAGCAAAGCGGCUACUAUAGUUUGCCCCUUCUGACCCUGAAUCAAAGUUGGUUUGAAUUCUCUUCGUCACGUUACGUUAGCUGUGACCAUUCGUGUACGUCGUUUUAUAUUCAUCAUUGUAAUUUAUCUAUUAAUUACAGGGUUUUCAUUUAGUUUCAAGAAAAUUCUAAAAUAUCAACCAGACAGCAAAUCAAAUACCAAGAAAUUAGAGUUAGUAAGAAAAAGUUUCAAAUAACAUGCUGGGCUGUUGUCAUAAUCACAGGUAUUGUUUACUGCCCGUGAUUCGUUGGAUCCUGAGAUUGCUGAAGCGAAACCAGGAAUAUUUGGCGCAACAUCUUGAAAGAAAGAUAUUUAAUAAAAGACCCAACAGUUUAAA